GGAGUGAAAAAAAAAAUGUAGCAUCACUUUCUUCAAAUAGAGGAAAUGAAAUAAUCAAAAUUGAUCAAAUUGUGGUUUCCAAUUAUAAGAAUCAUCCAACACUUUUUAUUUUCUUUCUAUAUUGGUAUCAAUCUCCUUAACAAAAUGAAGCUAAAGAAAAGUUUUCUUUUGUUCUUUUUGUUAUUGGAGUGUUCUUGUUUCAUCAAUUUAGAAUCAGAGUGUUUAAAGGGUUGUGAUUUAGCUAUAGCUUCAUACUUUGUAUACCCUAGAGUUAAGCUUGGUAGCAUUGCAUCCUUUAUGCAUUCAAAUGUUGUGGCAAAUUCUAAUGUUAUCAUUAGCUACAAUAAGGACAAAAUGCCCAAUAAUCUACCAGUAUCUUUCUCCAGAAUCAAUAUUCCAUUCCCUUGUGAUUGCAUCAAUGGUGAGUUCUUGGGGCAUGUGUUUGAGUACUCAGCUAUUGAAGGUGACACCUAUGAUCUCAUUGCAAAAAUGAGAUAUUCUGAUCUUACCACAGUUGAAAUUUUGCAAAGGUUCAACAACUAUGAUCCUAAUCAUGUACCUGUUAAUGCUAAGGUUAAUGUCACGGUCAAUUGUUCUUGUGGGAACAGCCAUGUUUCAAAGGAUUAUGGUUUGUUUGUUACAUUCCCUCUUAGGGUAGGUAAUACUUUGCUGCAAAUUGCAAAUCAGACUAAACUUGAUCCUAAGUUGCUGCAGAGUUAUAAUCCAGGUGUCAACUUCAGCCAAACUAGAGGGAUAGUUUUCAUUCCAGCAAGAGAUCAAAAUGGAGUCUAUGUUCCCCUGUAUCCAAGUACUAGAACAGGUCUAGCUAAGGGUGUUGCUGUUGGAAUAUCUAUAGCUGGAACAAGUGGGGUUCUGCUAUUAUUAAUUUGUGCUUGUGUUAGAUAUUUCAAGAAGGAAGGAGAAAAAAUUAAAUUACCAACAGAAGAUUUUAUAUUCAAGUAAUAAGGCGCGGGAAAAAUAAGUUCUACAAAUUAAAAUACAACUGUUUUAGUAAAGAACUCUAUUCUCUCGUUCCGCAACUUCGUAAUGAGUUUUUAAUUUUUUAUGUUUGUGUCUCUAAAAGGGUUGGGAAAUUUGGGGUGAGAACAAAACUACUCAUUCUCAAUAGAGAAUGAAAAUGUCAUAAAAGUAAGGGAAAAAAAAAAAUACAAAUAGUUAAUCUGUCUUAAUAAUAGUUAUUUUUAUUAAAUUUUUAAAAUCCUUUGAAUUUUACGUAAAAAAUUGGCUAUCUUCUUCAAGUUAUAUUUCUUCAAAUACAUUCCGAUUUACAUCAACUUUCAAUGCAAAGGAUUCGAU